AUGGCUAAGCGGCGAAACACACACAACAAGAAGCAGAAAGACAAGGUCCGGAAACGAGGCACGUCUUUGCAGAAAAAGACGGUGGAAUUGGGCGAAACAGCAAACGUUCUCACAGCCCUCAUCUACUGGAACCCGACCCACAACCACUUCGAAAAGGCGGUGCACGUUCCCGAAGGGCAGUCAUUGCCGGACGCUACUGAGGUAGGCCUGGGCUCGCGGUCUUGCCACAGCGCGAACCACGUGGCUACUGAUCAAGGUAGCUUACUAUGGAGUAGCUUUACAGGCAUCUUGCAUUAG